GGUUUUAUUAGCAUAAGUUGAGCACCUUCCAGGUGAUUGCAUCCCCACUAAUUUUGACUUCUGGGGUUGGAGUAAAUCUAAUAUGACGUUGUCCUCUUAAAGCAUGGAAUCAGUGUUUCAAAUGCCCAAGUUGAUAAUCAAAGUGUUUAUGGACCAUGGGUUCCUCUUUAAGAAAACAGACUGAAUCCCCUUUGAUGAGGAAAGUAUGAGCCGUGUCUAAGUUUUAACCCAAUACUGCAUAUGACGGCUAUUCAUUUUGAUUCUUAUUGAUUUUUGUUUUUAUUUUUUUUUCACCCUUUCCUUAUCACCUUUAAUAAUUGACUCUUUUACAUUAGAACUGUUCUUUAUUAUAAACUUAUCUUGAUUUUGGGUGCAUUGCAUCCUGAACACAAUGAGCUCACUAUAAAUUGCUGAGAGAAGAACAACUACUAAUAAGAGCAUUGUUCCUAAGACCUAGACAACUUUGUCUUCUCAAUAAUUUUGAGGAAAAUGGAGAGGAUCAAUGUGGUGGAAGGACAAGGAGUAGCUGAAAAUACCCUUCUUUCCCCUAGAUGGGAUGGAGGAGAAGGCUUCCAUGUUGAAGAGAAGAAGCUAAGGAUCUUUGGUUUUGAGGUGGAUCCCUACACAAAUGAUGGCCAGAGUUCUAGAGUGUCUGAGGAAGGAGAUGAAAGCGUAAGUUCUUCAAACACAGUUUUGCCUCGGCAGAAAUCUGCGAAGGUCGAGAAGAGUACUACUCCAGCACCUGAAAUGGAUGAUAAGAAGUAUGAGUGUCAAUUUUGUUUCAAGGGGUUUGCAAACUCACAAGCUCUUGGUGGUCACCAAAAUGCUCAUAAAAAGGAGAGGCUGAAGAAGAAAAGGCUUCAACUCCAAGCAAGAAAGGCAAGCCUAAGUUGUUACCUUCAACCUCUCCAGACCCACCAUGGUUUCAGUUUUCAUCUCUCCCCUCCAUGGUUCUAUGAACCUUCUUCAUAUAUACCUGAUCAAUUUACACCUUUUGAAGAACCAUCACAAGUUAGUUUCAAUCCCUUCAGUCCAAAAGCAUACUUUAAUGGCUCUCCUCUCACAAAAUCAUAUGCUUUACCCUCACUUGUCCCAGUUCCACAAGAUACCUGUAAAUUCACCUUGACACCCACAAACAGUACGAUCCAGAACGGACCUUCAUUGAUCAAGCCUUCCCCCUUGCCUAUUUCCAAGCAAAGCUGUAAGAGUCUGGAGCUUCAACUUGGGCUAGCCAUGCAACCAAACGUCUGAAUACUCUCUAACAAUGGCUUGGGACAAAACCCAUUGCUUAAAUGCUUAGAAGCUUUUGAAAAUCUACCCAUUGCCUCCUCCAAGCCUCAAGGUAUCUAGCAAUACAGCUCUUAACUACAUGAUAAUUUGAAGGUUGCAGAUGCCUCUUGAGUUGGCUUUCAGUCAGAUAAAGUAUUCAUGACUCCGGUAAUCAUUUGAAGACAGCCACAUGAAGCAAGGUCGCAUGCAACGCUGCCGGGCCAAAGCGUAUAGGAUUGCACGUAUGGAAGCCAAUAUCUUCAAACUGAGCAAUUAUUUUAGUGGAAUCAAAGUCUUUCUCGUAUUUAAUGAUAAUUGGGUGUAUUUACCAUUAUACUAACAUUGCAAGUUGAUACCUUUCCUUUCCUUCUUCUGUUUUUCGGUUGGAAGUGAAAAUCCAACAUGAAUUAUGUGAUUCAUGAAUACUAGCAUGGUUUACCAAUGAGAAUUCACCCUUUUUUAAUUUUUUUUCCUUA